AUGCCCUCGCCAAAUGAAAAUACUUUUAAGCACGUUGAACAAGAUUUCUGGCGGAAAUGGAAUACACCAAACUGUAUGGAUAGUAUGGAUGGCAAACAUGUGCUCAUAAAAGAACCAAAAAACAGCAGAUGUCUUUUUUUUUUUUUCAAUUACAAAAAUUACUUUUCCAUCGUUCUCCUUGCAAUAGUGUACGUCAAUUACAAAUUCAUUGUUGUAGAUAUGGACUCUAAUGGCAAAGAACGUGACAGCCGUAUUUUUCAAAAAUUCGAGAUGGGGAAAAAGAUUGCCAAGAACAACUUUAAUUUCCCUGUAUCUAAAUGCCUUCCAAACAGUGAUAUUUUAUGGAGCACUUCAUACCAGGUGAUGAAGCAUUUGCACUGA